GCCAAGAGUGCGUGCUUUGCUAUUGGCUAGUUUUACAAUGAUCCCGCCUACAUAGUACUGAAAUGGUCCUCUCUCUGCCUCUCGUUCCCGUCAAACUCUCGUACAGGGAAGUGUUUGACGUCACCGAGAAAUCAAAAUGAUCAACUGGAGGGCCCUGGAUAACGUGCCGCUGCUCUUCUACAUCCUGGCAGCGAAGACCCUGCUGCUGUGCCUGGGCUUCGCUGCGGUGAAGAUGUACCAGAGCAGGCGAGAGGAGGAGCAGCUGAAGAAGCAGCGGGAGAUGAAGAGACGCCUGGCGCAGCAAGCGCAGGAGCUCAUCGACAACAAGAAGGACGACUGAGCACACAGACAGGAGCGAUCAGCUGGUGGAAUGUAGUCAUGUCUGAUCAAAGUGGACGCAGGAUCCGAUUGGCCAGCCCUGGAGGAGCCCCGCCCCCCCGACAGCAGACGGAAUCACACUCUACCUGGACCCCAGUGCCCAGCAUGGACUGAGUUUUUUAUUAAAUAUACUGUCAGCUUUUAAUUUAUUCUCCCUGUUUGUAAAUAAAGGCCGUUUUUUCACAGUC